UCGUAAAGUUUGUCUAAGAAUUAUUACAACACCUUCGAGUACGUCUUCAGGUAUAAAUAAUGAAAUUAGUUAUGUGAUUGCCAUUACCAAUUUAAAAAUCUUUAGGUACACAUCAACAUGAAAGCUUUCAUUGCUUUGUGCUUUUUGGCUGUAGCCUCCGCUGCAUCUUUGUCCAGCGACAAAGAGGCCCCAAUUAUCAGCCAAUCUUCAGAUAUUAGCCCUGAUGGCUCUUACCAAUCCCAAUACGAAACCGGAAAUGGAAUCUCUGCCCAAGAAUCUGGUGUACUGAAGAACGCUGGACAGAAAGACGCCGAAGCCGAAGAAGUACAAGGAUCCGUCAAGUACACCGCCCCUGACGGUACCCCAAUCGAGUUGGCUUACUUGGCUAACGAAAACGGUUUCCAACCCCAAGGCGCCCAUCUUCCAGUUGCCCCAGAACCACCAGCGAUCCCAGCUGCCAUCGCUCGUGCUUUGGACUGGAUCGCCGCUCAUCCAUAUGACGAAGAAAAGGAACUCAAGAGAAAGAACUAAACAACUAACUGGCUGUGGGAAUAUUUUGUACAUAUGUAAUAUUUUUUAUAUUAAAAAAUAAAAAUUAUUGCAAUUUA